CCUUGUGCGCUGCUACCCAGGCAUCACCCAGAGCAGCAGCGGGAGGAGGCGCCAGGCAGGCAGCCGGCCGGCCGGCUUCCAGGCAUCUCUGUGCGCUCCGAGCUCCUUCCACACCCCCAACUCCGAGCAGAGAGCGAACCGGCUCCCCAUCCCCUGUGCUCCUGCCCCGCAGCCCCGGGACCAAGCCAUGAAGCAGGCUCUGAUGGAAGUCAUGAGGAUGAACAGGAUUUGCAGGAUGGUCUUGGUCACUUGCUUCGGAUCCUUUAUCCUGGUCAUCUUCUAUUUCCAAAGUAUGUUGCAUCCAGUAAUACGUAGAAAUCCAUUUGGAAUGGACAUCUGUUGUCGGAAGGGGUCAAGAAGCCCGCUCCAGGAACUGUACAAUCCCAUCCAGUUGGAGUUGUCUAACACAGCAAUCCUUCAUCAGAUUAGGAGAGACCAAGUCACAGAUACAUGUCGAGCCAACAGCAUGUCUAGCAGGAAACGCCGUGUGCUAACACCCAACGAUCUCAAACAUUUGGUGGUGGAUGAAGAUCAUGAAAUGAUCUAUUGUUAUGUACCCAAGGUGGCCUGUACAAACUGGAAGAGAGUCAUGAUGGUCUUGACAGGAAGGGGCAAAUACAGUGACCCCAUGGAAAUACCAGCCAAUGAAGCCCAUAUAUCCUCAAACCUGAAGACCCUCAACCAGUACAGCAUUCCAGAGAUCAACCACCGCUUAAAAAGCUACAUGAAGUUCCUGUUUGUCCGUGAGCCUUUCGAGAGACUGGUGUCAGCCUACAGGAACAAGUUCACCCAGAAGUACAACACCUCCUUUCACAAGAGAUACGGUACCAAAAUUGUGAGGCGCCAAAGGAAAAAUGCCACCCAGGAGGCUCUGCGUAAAGGUGAUGAUGUGAAAUUCGAGGAGUUUGUGGCAUAUCUCAUUGACCCAAAUACCCAAAGAGAAGAACCUUUCAAUGAGCACUGGCAAACUGUCUACUCCCUCUGCCACCCCUGCCAUAUCCAUUAUGACCUCAUAGGAAAGUAUGAAACACUUGAAGAUGAUUCCAAUUACAUCCUUCAACUUGCAGGAGUAGGCAGCUACCUGAAGUUCCCCACCUAUGCAAAGUCUACGAGAACUACUGAUGAAAUGACCACAGAGUUCUUCCAGAACAUCAGCUCGGAACACCAAACACAACUGUACGAAGUCUACAAACUUGAUUUUUUAAUGUUCAAUUACUCAGUGCCAAGCUACCUGAAACUGGAAUGAAGGGGAGAAGGAAGAAAGAAAGCCUGUUUUAUUUAAGAUUUUUAUUUGUCAUAAUAAAUAUGGAGAAUUGUUAUUUUGUAAAUUAAUAUUUUCUUUUUGAAUGAUGCUGCGAGCAGCACAGUCAAAAUUAUUUAAAUCAUCUGUAAGAAAGGACAGUUCUCUUUGCAGGGUAACAGGAUGGUGAUGAUCUCGCUUUAGAAAUGAAUAUUACUGCUACAUUGUUUAUAAACGUUAAUUGUGUUCUGGUGAAUUUCAUUUAUCUUUGCAUUCAACAAAUUCUAAUUAAUGUUAUUUAUACUUAUUUAAAACAUGGUCUCUUGGUAGGUUUCACUUUAGCAGCAGAAAUACGAUAAUAUUUGGACAAAGGGAAUCUGGUUUUGUGCUUUCCUCAGCUGAAUUGAUUUGUAUAUUGUUACUAGCCAUAUGUUUUGGAAACCCUAGUAGAAAUAAUUUCUUCCAAGGUGAUUCUGCACUUAAAGCAAAAUUAGAAAAUUAUCUUCUCAUACAAGAAAGAAAAAUAUGAAACACA